AUGGUAGCAGCAGCAGGAAACAUCUCGACGUUUAAUAUUCAGCACGGUUACGUGGAAGGAUUAGUGCGUGGCUUUCGCUCAGGCUUUCUGGACGAUGUGGACUAUCAUCAUCUUACACAGUGCGGGAGUCUUGAAGAUGUGAAGCUGAAUUUGCAGGAGACAGACUACGACCAAUUUCUAGCGGACGAAUCGUCGGGCUCGAUUUCGCCUGGUUUGAUCCAGACUGGCACAACUAAUAAGCUCGUAGAAGAGUUCAACUUCUUACGCGCGCAGGCUAUGGAGCCUCUGGGCCAAUUUCUCGAUUUUAUCACGUUCGAGUACAUGAUCGACAACGUCAUCUUGCUUUUGAAGGGAACGCUAAAUGGACGCAAUGUAAACGAGUUGAUUGGACAGCUUCAUCCACUUGGAAAGUUUGACGAGUCCAUUAUGCGCAGUAUUUGUUCUUUCGAGCCAAAUGCUAAGGGUUACUCGGACUUAUACGAGACUGUGCUGAUUGAUACCCCUAUUGGAACGUACUUCAGUCAAUUCUUAGAAGAAAGCGCGGGUGGCGAUCGCAUGGAAGGCACUUCGGACGUCCGUAACGUCCUCGAAGAGAUGCAAAUGGAGCUUAUUAAGAACAGCAUGUUGAAGCUGUGGCUCGAGGAUUUUUAUAACUUUUGUCAGAACAUUGGCGGCGAUACGGCAGUCAUUAUGGGAGACAUUCUAAAGGCGCGCGCUGACCGCAUUGCCAUCAACAUAACGUUAAACUCAUUCGGUACACCAUUAAACGAGCCUGCAAUGCGAAUUUCGGACCGCAAGCCACUGUAUCCGUCUAUCGGUACGUUGUAUCCCGAUGCGACAGCUCUUCUGGCGGAAGCGGGUGAUGAGUCGGCGCUUGGAGCAGCAUUAGACUCCUUCCCAGUGUACCGCAAAAUAUGGGAAGUUCACCAGGGCGAAGGUGUAGACAGCAAAUCGAUCGACGAUGCAUUUUACGAGCGCGACGUCCAGAUGGCGGAGCUGGCAUUCCAAAGCCAAAUGCACUUUGCAUGCUUCUACGCAUACGUCAAGCUGAAAGAGCAAGAAGUACGCAAUUUGUGA